AUGGUGUCAUGGAGAAGGUUACCAGGUCUCUUUCCAACCCUGCUGUUUCUUAUAUCCACUGCAAAUAUCUUCCUUGUGUUUUAUGUGAAGAAUGUAAUACAAGAACUGAAAAAGGAAAGCCACGGAUACUUAGAGGUUCACCCCCCAUCUUUCAGCCAUGAAAAUGCAGUAAUUGAGCGGCUGGAGCACUUGGAGAUGUAUAUUCACAACAUCUCAAAUUCCAUGAAAAAGCCCUCUCAUAAUGAACGAAUGAAACAAAAAGAAGAUGACAUAAAGCUGCCAGAGGAAUCAAAGGGUGAAAUGCACCAGGCUGAGAAAGCAAAGGAGGAAGACAAGAUGGAAAAGGAAAAGAAGGUUGUGCACCGAAAGCUGUUUCCAGAUUCAAGGCUGUUCAAGCGCUGGGGUGCAGAUUUAACAGAAGAGCAACAAACCACAGCCCAGGAUCUAUUCACUAAAUAUGGGUAUAACGUUUAUCUCAGUGACCGUCUGCCCCUGGAUCGGCCUAUUCCAGACACCAGAUAUCCCAGCUGUAAAGAGAAAAAAUAUUCCCACGACCUCCCGACACUUAGUGUCGUUCUCAUAUUUAUGAAUGAGGCAAUGUCGAUCAUCUUGCGUGCAAUUACCAGUAUAAUUAACCGAACUCCUUCUCAUUUGCUGAAAGAAAUUGUCCUGGUAGAUGAUUACAGCUCAAAUGAGGAUCUAAAAGGAAAUUUGGAUGAACAGAUAAAAAAUUACAAUGCAAAGCAUCCUGGAUUGCUAAAAAUUGUGAGGCAUCAGAAGAGAGAAGGCCUAACACAAGCUCGGAUUUCUGGCUGGGAAGCAUCUACUGCUGAUGUUGUUGCAAUCUUGGAUGCCCAUAUUGAAGUAAAUGUUGGAUGGGCUGAACCUAUUCUGUCUCGAAUCAAAGAAGAUCGCACUGUUAUAAUAUCUCCAGUAUUUGACAAUGUUCGCUUUGAUGACUUUGAACUUCUUGAGUAUGCUGUGGCUGCAGAUGGAUUUGACUGGGCACUAUGGUGUCUCUAUGAACCAUUACCAAGAGAAUGGUAUGAGCUCAAAGAUGAAACGGCUCCAGUCCGGAGCCCUUCUAUUAUGGGGAUACUUGCUGCACAUAGAGUGUUUCUGGGUGAGAUUGGGGUACUGGAUGGUGGAAUGCAUAUAUAUGGAGGGGAAAAUGUGGAACUUGGCCUGCGGGUUUGGCAGUGUGGUGGUCAGAUAGAAGUCUUGCCCUGCUCAAGAGUUGCUCACCUGGAACGAGCACACAAACCCUACUUGCUGGACUUCAGCAUUGCUGUGAGACGCAAUGCCCUGAGAGUGGCCGAAGUAUGGAUGGACGAGUAUAAAUACAUGGUUUAUUUCGCAUGGAAUCUUCCUGUUGAGAAUCCUGGAAUAGACUAUGGAGAUGUUUCUUCCAGAAAGGAGCUAAGAAAGAAACUGAACUGUAAAAGCUUUGACUGGUACAUAAAGAACGUUUAUCCUAAUUUAAUACCUUUGACCACCGUUCUUGGCUACGGAACAAUGAAAAACACUCUGAAUGAGAACAUCUGCAUAGAUCAAGGCCCUGUCCCCGGAAGCACUCCAAUAAUGUAUGGCUGUCAUGCUUACUCACCACAGCACUUGUUUUAUCUCAGCACUGGAGAAAUGUAUAUAGGAGGCCUACGAUCUCGACAGAAUACAGUAGAUCGGUGCCUAACUGACCCUGGCACAGGGGACCUGCCAUUUAUAGAGCAAUGUAAUGAGGCUGUGAAAAAGGGACUGAACAUGCAUUGGGAUUUUAAGCAGGGAUCAUCCGUGAUGAAUAAGAAAACUAGGAGAUGCCUCGAAAUUGUAAAGGACAAUCCGUCUUCGCCUGACAGACUUGUAAUGCAGAACUGCAGUGGACAAAAAUGGAAUGUUCAACACACAGUAAAGGAUUGGGGUAAGAGAAGUGCUCUGAGAUAGCUUAUUUAUCCCAACCAACAGAUGACUUGGCAUUGACUCUUGGAAGUGGGGAAAUUGGGAUCACCAGGAAAACAUUUUCUUCAGAGGUUUCCAAAGAAGAGCAAGACUUCUAUGUUGCUAGGACAUUACACAAUGGAGAUUAUCUCAGGUAGACUCUAUAACAUUUUGGGGAGCACAUAAUUGGUAUGGAGGAAUGUAUGCUCUGAAUUAUGGGAGGAUAUGGGCACAUAAACAGGAGGGUGACAGACACAUGUAGCAUAGGUAGUUAGU